GCAUAGACCUAUAUAAGCAUUGACAUUGCAAUGUUAAGGUCAAUCAUUCCAAAUGCAACUCUUCUCACACCUAAUAAAGCGACCAUCGAUUAACUAAAGUAUCCUUGCUGACUAUCAUCAUGGACUUGAAAUUUGUAAGAAAUAUAUUUUUAUGCGUCAGUCUGCUGGGUUUGUUUCUCCCGAUGACGAACUCGGCUACAGAACCAUAUCCUUGUACCCAGGAUGGGUACUUUGCAAUUUCAAGCGAAAAUCAACUCAGAUAUUGUCCUUUUUCAAAUCGAAAAUGCGACUAUGUCCUGUGCACGUUCUACCCCGAUCGUGGUGCCUUUGUUCGAGUUUUUUAUAAAUGUCCCAGCGAAGAUUCAGAUGAUACAACUGACGAAUAUGAAUUCAAUGAAAGUUCUCAAACUUGUGUUAAACGCCCUUCACCGAUCACGGAAUUGCCGGCACGUACAACAACUCCGACAAGUUCCUCGACAACUACGCCGACCACGCCGACCACGACGACCACGGCAACUACGCCGACAACAGGUUCACCGCCGACAACAGAUUCCCCGCCGACAACAGGUUCACCGCCGACAACAGAUUCCCCGCCGACAACAGAUUCCCCGCCGACGACAGGUUCACCGCCGACAACAGAUUCCCCGCCGACGACAGGUUCACCGCCGACAACAGAUUCCCCGCCGACAACAGAUUCCCCGCCGACAACAGAUUCCCCGCCGACAACAGAUUCCCCGCCGACGACAGGUUCACCGCCGACAACAGAUUCCCCGCCGACGACAGGUUCACCGCCGACAACAGGUUAACCGACAACAACUUCAUCUGCGAUAACGCUGUCCAGUUCUCCUGAGACAACCUUAUGAAAUACCUACCAAUUGGAUAGCGUGCUCAACUAAUGCUUAAAGAUUUUGUAAUUAAUCUACUUAUCACGAUACCCUGUGUUAAUCAAAUACAAUUACCAGUGUUUUGUAAGAUAGCAGUAAUUCGUCGACUCUAAAACUAAGUUUGUAUUUUAAAAUGGAUGUUAUGUUGUACCAUGCACGUAUGUAAAUACAUGGGUAUUUAUGCAUAGCUAUAAUUGUAUUUGUUAGAAACGCUCUUAGAUGUUGAAUAAAUAUUUAUUCCCGUACCUUUAUCAAUACAAACAUGUGAAACCAUUAAAAUUUUGGACGCUUAA